CCUACUGAAGGGGAAUCGAAACCUAACUAAAACUCUGACCUGCAGUAAAGAAAAAAUCUCCAUUUUUUCGCAGCAGACUUCAACAAACCUGCGCAGCUCAGGACCAUGGCUUUCAACCAGCAACCUUUUUGUAACCCAAGUAUCCCCUUUACUGGAUUAAUCCAUGGGGGUCUGCAGGAGGGGAAGAUGAUCACCAUCAGUGGACGAGUCCCGCCUGGAUCUGGCAGGUUCCAUGUGAAUUUACAGUGUGGCUCCAGCCCCGGAGCGGACAUUGCUCUCCAUUUUAACCCCCGGUAUGAUGGUGACUCUUGUGUGGUUAGCAACACUCUCCAACAUGGCAGCUGGGGCUCUGAAGAGAGGAAGAGCAACUCCAUGCUCCCUGCUGGCUCUGCCUUCUGCCUGCUCAUCACAGUCGGCCGUGAUUCCUACCAGCUGAUGAUCAACGGCAGGCACUUUAGUGACUACAGGCAUCGUAUUCCAUUUUAUCCAGUGGACACCAUCUCAGUAGGCGGGAAAGUGACUGUAUCCUCCAUCGCCUUCCAGAACUCUGUGUUCCCAGGACACGUAGCCUUUCCUGUUCAGGUUGCUUUCCCUACAUGUCAGGUGUUUCCACCUCAGCCUGCCUUCUCUUCAUUUCCAGCAUUUCCAACUCAGCCUGGAUUCCCUUCAUAUCCAGCAUUUCCAGCUCAGCCUGGAUUCCCCCCACAGCCAGCCUUUCCUCCUGCGAUGCCUACUGUUCCAUACAGGAGCGCCAUCAAAUUCAACCCUGGCAGGUCCAUCACCAUCCAGGGGACCCCUCCCUUCGGAGCCACAAGGUUCGCUGUGGAUCUCAACUAUAACUUCGGCAUAGCUCUGCAUUACAAUCCACGUUUCAAUGAGAACGUUGUGGUUCGAAACACCAAGCAGGGGGAGAACUGGGGCACGGAGGAGCGUGGUGGAGAGAUGCCCUUCCAACGGGGAAAGACUUUCACGUUGACCAUCUGCUGUGAGAAUCAGUGCUUCAGGAUCCUGGUGGACGGUGUCCAGGCACACACCUACAACCACCAUGUGCCUGCGUCCAAAAUUUCCUCUCUGGGCAUCGACGGGGACAUCAGUCUGACCUCGGUGACGGUGUAGAUCUCUGGCUGGCAUCUCCACAUCUACCACCACAAAACCUCAAGUUAUUGCAUUUAUCACUGACUUCAUUAUCUCUGAAUUUAUUGCAUAAUGGCGUGUUUACCCUCUGUAUCUUUAUAAUAUAAAUAAUCAUACACUGAAUAUUUCCAUCAAGUGUAAAAAGACUAAAAGCAGUUCACCAACAGUUUGAGUCAUACUUCAAUAGUCUGGGGUUUGUCCAUUGUCUUACUCUGCGAUGUAGGAGAGCUGUCACCGAGGCAGGAAGUUGAGAAAAAGUAUCUGCACCAAAAGCAGCAACAUUGCAACACACAAAAAUUCCCCCAGUUGUUCCAUCGAUUACUGGAAUCAGGCUGAAUGCAGCUAAGGAAGUGGGCCUGUGACUGGAAAUGUGAAGGAUGAAGAGAAAAUAUUAACCCACUGUUGUGUCUUAACUGUUUAAUCAUUCAUGCUUUGUGAAACUAAAGAAAUUAAAGUUAAAUAUAAAAGCA